UCUUUUACUUAGGAUAGCAUUUUGUGCAGCACCUAUGGUAAUUAGGUAAUUUUCCAUUACAGAGGCUGUUAACAUUCAGGGAUGUGGCUAUAGACCUCUCACUGGAGGAAUGGGAAUGUCUAGACUUUGCCCAGAGGGCAUUGUACAUGGAUGUGAUGCUGGAGAAUUACUACAAUCUAGUCUUUGUGGAGAACCAUCGCAUAUGUGAUAAAUAUGAGAAUGUCUUGGAUCAAGGCACAAAGCAUAUUUUCCGUGAUCAUGUGAAUAUCCAAGGGAAGCCAUUUCAAUGUAAUGAGCUUGGCAAAGGUAUUCAUGAAUCUUCUGAGAGUACACUGUAUGACAGGAAUGACAUUGUAGAAAAGUGCAAGGACAGAUUGCUUAAUCACAGAGAUGCCUCUAUUGAAUCGUUAGAUAUAAAUCGACAUGCAAGUGGGAACACUGGAGAAGAACCUUGCAAAUACAAAGAAUGUGUAAACUCUUUAGUUUUCUGUUCUAUCACUAGUCAAAAUCAACUAAUCCACACAGCAAUAGAAGAACAGAAAAAUGCAGAGAAUGAUAAAUCUUUUGACCCUAAACAUAUACUCACACUGAAACGAGCCAGCAGUGCAAAGAAACCACAGCAAUGCAAGCAAUGUGGACAAAUUUUCAAGAUGUACUCAAGUCUCAGUAGACAUCAGAGAGCUCAUAUUAGAGAGAAAUCCUAUAAAUGUACAAAAUAUAAUAAAUCUUUUCUGCCUUUGUCCCAACUCAAAGUGCAUUACAAGAUCCAUUCUGGAGAAAAACCCUACAAAUGUACGGAAUGUGGUAAGUGCUUAUUUCCUACAUCAGACUUGGCAAGGCAUUACAGCUUCCACACUGGAGGGAAUACUUACAAAUAUAAUGAUUUUGGCAAAUCCUUUUUCUGCUGCUCAGGUCAUACAAAACAUCAGAAAAGUCAUGGAACAGAGAGACCUUCUGGAUGUAAACAAGCUACUAGCACAUUCUACACAUGGUUACACCAUGAAUACCAUUGUGGAAUCCAUACAGGAGAGAAAUAUUUCAUAUGUAAUGAAUGUGGCAAAUCCCUUUGCACGUGUUCAGGUCUUAAAAGACAUCAGAGAAUUCACACAGGGGUAAAACCUUACAAAUGUAAUGAAUGUGAAAAAUCCUUUACCCAGGAAGGCAGUCUUAGAGCUCAUCAGAGAAUACAUACAGAAGAGAAACCUUUCAAGUGUAGUGAAUGUGACAGAUACUUUGCCAGGAAAUCCUAUCUUAGAACUCAUCAGAGAAUACAUACACAAGAGAAACCUUAUAAAUGUAGUGAAUGUGACAAAUCAUUUACUCAGAAAAGCAAUUUUAGCACUCAUCAGAGAAUACAUACAGGAGAGAAACCUUACAAGUGUAGUGAAUGUGAGAAACUCUUUACCUACAGCUCUCAUCUUAGAAGACAUCAGAGAAUUCAUACAGGAGAGAAGCCUUACAAAUGUAGUGAGUGUGACAAAUCCUUUACCAAUGGCACCGACCUUAGAAGACAUCAGAAAGUUCAUACAGGAAUUAAACCUUAUAAAUGUAAUGAAUGUGACAAAUACUUUACCCAGAAAGGCAGUCUUAGAACUCAUCAGAGAAUUCAUAGAGGAGAGAAACCUUACCAGUGUAGUGUAUGUGACAAAUCCUUUAUCAGGAAAGUCCAUCUUAUAAUUCAUCAGAGAAUACAUACAGGAGAGAAACCUUACCAGUGUAAUGAGUGUGACAAAUCCUUUACCCAGAAAUUUAAUCUUAGAACUCAUCAGAGAAUUCAUUCAGGAGAAAAACCUUACAAAUGUAGUCAAUGUGAGAAAGCUUUUAUCCAGAAAACCAGCCUUAGAACACAUCAAAGAAUUCAUACACAGAAGCAUUACAAAUGUAAUGUAUGCAGAAAUGUCUUUGCCUGCAUUUCAAGUCUAAGAAAACACCUGAAAAUUCAUAACUGGGGCAAAAGUUUCUGUAGGAAAUAAUGUGGCACACGCUUUAACCAAGCUCUGUCCUUAGCUGUACUUGAAAUUUCACACUGGAGAAUCAUGAACAUGAGAAACUCGUGAAAACCUUUAAUAAUGUUUAAUCUUAGAAAACAAGACAUUAUGUUGAGGGAAAUUCUGAAAAUGUGACAAUGCAAGAAAUUUUUCAUUAAAACUUUUUACUUGUUCAAUCUCAAAUACUUCGUCAUGAAGACAACAUUGAGAAGCCUAAAGAAUAUGCUAUUGUGUAACAGUAUUCUAGAGACUGAAAUGAUACAGUUUGAAGGGAAGCUGAUAUAGACAGGAACUACGUCAUUCAAAAUAACUUAAAAGAAAUCCCUGAACCUGACAAGAUUCAGUAUGCUUACCUCAAUUAAAGAAACCCAGACCAACCAUGCCAGUUAGAAGGAGAUUUUGCAAAUUGUGUGUCCAAGACUGGAUGCUCUUAAUCUGUAGAUAUGCCUAUGUGUUCUAUGGGUACUCAGUAUUCAUUAAGUUUAUCCCAUGCUCUUUGGAUUUUAAUGAUGGCAACU